AACGUGGUAAAGAAAAUUCCAAUAACUUCACAUUCACAUCAAAAUCAGCUGUGAACAUCAGUAUGGCCGCACUAUCACCUAUAAAAUAAUUUUUUAUAAUUCAGAUAAAUAAAUAGAAAAGUGCAAUUUUUGUGUUCGUAGCGCGUUAGAUAGUGUUAGAAUUUAGAACACUGUCGGUGUUGAUGUUGACUAAAAGUGUUGCGUCAUGAUAGGACACCUCUCACUGACAAACAAAUACAACAAAAAUUGCUAACUACGAACAACUGGCGGCUGUUUGUUACAUUUGAGUGAUCUUUAUAUUUUUGGCUUCGGUUGUGAUCACGGGCUGAUGUGUUUCGUGCAUCAUUUGAAGAUAAAUAAGUAACAAUGAGCAGCAUAAGACUUAGCUUCGUGUCGGUGGGAAGGAUAGCGGUACGGAGAAAUUCGCAUCUGACAACUGGUGGUGUACAUAUAUGCCGUGCUGUACGGCGCGCCUGCUUGCGGCCGCUGACCACGUGUUCGGUGCUGUGCAAGAACCCAGGCGACCAGCCGCCCGGCGCAACGGGCACGCCCCAUGGACCACCAAAGGACACAGCAGGUCAGAGUUCCGGCGGCAAAAAGUCCGGCUCCGGCGCGGGUAGUGGCGUGCUCACGUGCCCCAAGUGCGGCGACCCCUGCACCCAUGUAGAGACCUUCGUCAGCUCCACACGCUUCGUCAAAUGCGACAAGUGUCACCACUUCUUCGUGGUGCUCAGCGAAGUCGACACCAAGAAGAGUAUCAAAGAUAACGCAGACAACAAAUCCGGGUUCUACAGAAAGCCACCGCCGCCUCCUAAGAAGAUCUUCGAAUAUCUGAACAAGCACGUUGUAGGUCAAGAGUAUGCUAAGAAGGUGCUUUCUGUGGCGGUGUACAACCACUACAAGCGCAUCUACAACAACGUGUCCAGCGGCGCGCAUGCUGAUGCCCACCAUCCUCUGCAUCACACGCAUAGAGGUACCAAUACCAGCGCCAGCUGCGUUGGCACUUCACCACAUACAAUACACUAACAUACAGAGUUCUAU